AUGUCUUCACUCGAACCUCUCUCGCACCAGGUGGCUGGUCAUCCCGACGGCGUCCAAAGCCUAGAAGGCGGUCGGCUCGUUGUCAAGGCGUGCCUGCCACGCGAACUGAUCUUUUACCAGCAGGUGCAACAAGCGGUGCAGAGCUCGCAGACACGCCAGACCGAGCUGCUGGCUCGACUGUUGCAGUUCAUGCCUCAAUGCCAUGGAAGCUGGCAGGACUACACCGGCUCCACCGCAACAACGGCCGACUCGGAGCCACGGAUCGUGCUGGAGAACCUCACGUUCGGCUACACGCGGCCGAAUGUAUGCGACCUGAAGCUGGGCACGCAGCUGUGGGACGAAGACGCGAGCGACGAGAAGCGCGCGAGGAUGGACAAGGCGGCCGCGAGCACCACGAGUGGGUCGCAUGGCGUGCGACUGACAGGGUGGCAGACGUAUGAUCCCGAGACACGCGAGUUCCACCGCGUGCCCAAGACGUUUGGCAAGACCAUCGGUGCCCAACACCUCGAGCUGGGCAUGCGUAUGCUCUUAGCGUGCCCGGAGCCGGGUGAUGCCCAGAGCGCCGACUCGGUUUUGGCAGGAACGAGUCUCGGCUCGCGUCUUCCGCAGCUUCCCGCCGAAAUCGUGGAGCAGCUGCUGCGCCGAGACGUGCUCCGACACCUUGAGGAGCUGCGCACCAUCUUUGGCGAGCUCGAGGUGCGCAUGCGCGGAGCAUCGUUGCUGCUCGUCAGCGAGGGCGAUGUGGAGCAAGCCCAGCCUAAGGCCGAGGUAAGGCUGAUCGACUUUGCCCAUGCGACAUUAGUGCCUGGCCAGGGACCCGAUCAAGGCGUGCUGCUGGGCAUCGAGACUGUGCUGCAGCUCGUCAAGAAGCAGCUAUACAGGCUUCAGAGUCGCAAGCAGGACACUGUGUAG